AUGGCGGCAAUCCGGUCCCUUCUUAAUCCAGUGCUGGAUGAUAGCAGACUCGAUAGCAACGAUGACAACAAACACGACCUCUCCACCCAUGACGGUCAAGCCUCUGCAGCGUCUGAAGAGCAACCAAGCCGCAAGGAGAAGCCACUGCGAAAGAAACCAAGAAUGUGUAAGGAUGCGGCAGUCUUUCAACCUGGCAAAAUCCGAGGUGAAUGUCGAUAUCCUCCCCAUGAAGAUCAGGAUACCUACCUUGCCACCAAACACCAAAUGUUCGAGGUACAUCCGAUCGGUGAAAUAGCUACAUAUCCAAGGCAUAUCCCAUAUAACAGUGAGAAGAAGCUAUUUCUCGAAAAAACUGGCAGAGAAUGCUUUGAAGUAUUCCAAUACCAAUUUAAGAUCCCUGGAGAUUCCACCACAUACACGAUGUUGUGGGACUACAAUAUUGGUCUCGUGCACAACCCCGGCAAAGAUGCUGGCCCGGAACGUGGGAUUGAAGGAGAUCUGCCACAGCAUUACCGGAGGAGCUUUGGAUACUGGAUCCCUUAUGAGGCGGCAAAGGCUGUGGCGGCCACAUUCUGUUGGAAUAUUCGCUUUGCUCUGACCCCAGUUUUUGGCAAAGACUUUCCGGACGUGUGUCUCCCUCCGGGAUCAGAAAAUUUCGGUUCCAUGCAAAUCGACCCAGAGAUCGUCAGAAGAUGUGCCGCGCAAGCUCAGAUGUAUCGAGCAAUCGAAAACCAAGAAGCAUCCGGUCCAUCAUCGGACAUACCAAGCCCUCGAACUCCUCAGACCCCAAUGUGUCACUCUCGAGUCAAGAAUAUCUUGCCCAAGCCAUGCAAAACGACCGAAUCCACCAGCGAGUAUACAACUGAUACAAGCCGAGAAGACAAACAUGACUUGUCGUCCCCUUCCCCCCAGAUUGCCUUCACCAAUCCUUGGUCUGCGGUCAACUCUCCUCGCUCCCCCUCGCCAAAGAUAUUCUUUACCCAUCCAAGAUCGCCUGCUAGUACCAUUCGCUCAGAAUCUCCGCAGGGUACCUCUCGCCGAGGUCGACGAGCGGCCGGCAUUCCUCGUUCCUACACUCCGCUUGAUCUCUUGCCACCUCCACGAAGGCCGUUGUACCCUCAAUUCACCACCAUUUCAGCAGAACAACAGACCGCUGAGCGCCGUUACCCUGAGAUAGGUCCGAUGCCGGAAGUCUCUCCGAAAUCAGUUGUUCGUCCCAUGGACAUUGAUCAAGGCUACGAUGCAAGUUCGGAUGAGUCUGAAGAUACUAGAGCAGAUGGUAGUAUGGCUUCUCGGGAGAAGUCAUCCCGCGGGUUUACAGAGACCAACGCGGCUCGUGUUUUGAUGAAGUUGAGGACUCAGGCAGAUAAUGUUACGGUGGGAUUGAAGUCAUUGAAGCGUCGAGCAUCUGCAUAG